GAGGAAACACACACCAGAGCAAAGAAGACCUGAGAAGAAAAGGAACAGAAUAUGUCUUUGAGAGAGUAAACACUUGAAUGUGACGUAGCUCCGCCCACGUGCUCUCACCUUCUCUCUUCUCGCGGACACAGCACAACUUUACGGUCUGAUGGCUAAAGAUAACCUGGAUGAUGCCCCCCCUCCCUACUACUCGGUCACGGUGCCCAGCCAGGCCCCCUACAGGCCGUACGAGGUAACGGGCUACGGUACCGGCCCAGGCCUGACGCCUCACUCCCACCCUCACUACAUCCCUCAGUACCCGUCACCAGUGGUCCCCGUCCCAGUCCAACACACCACCAUACCUACAAGCUGCAAGAAGAGGAGAUGCUGCGAGAGGUCCACCCAGUGUUACGGCGGGUCCGGCGGAACGCUGCUGCUCAUUGGCCUCCUGGCCCUCGCCAUCUGGCUCGGAGUGCGUUUCGGCACUCGACUGGUCUCAACAACCAUUUACAACAACUUUGAAAUAGAACACAGCCCCGAUGAAGACCCGCUGUUGCCCUCGCACGACACCUGCCCCAACAACACCGUGAAAUGUGACGGCGUCAGCGACUGCCAGCAGGGCUCAGACGAGACCAACUGCGUGAGGUUUGCUUCAGACAACAGUCUGGAGUUGAUGACAGAUGAGGAUGGACGCUUCCUGCCGGUGUGUUCCGCAGGCUGGAGUCAGGCUGCCUCCGAUCAGGCCUGUCAACAGCUGGGCUUCAGAAGGUCCUUCAGCACAAAGAGCAUCAAAUCUCCAGGACUCUCCAUUAGCCUCACGCUAACAAACCAAUCAUCUUCAACCAUGCAGAGCAAAGUGAAAGUCAGCUCCAGUUGUGCCAACCAGGAAAUAGUCUCUCUAAUGUGCGCAGACUGUGGCAGGCAACAGUCCACGUCCAAAAUCAUCGGCGGCACCGCGGCCAAGUCUGGCCAGUGGCCCUGGCAGGGGUCGCUCCACUUCAGACAGCGUCACGUGUGCGGCGCCGUGCUGGUUGCUCCUGACUUCCUGUUGACUGCUGCUCACUGCUUCACCAGGAGCUCAUCGUCCUCUCCCUCGCAGUGGAAGGUCUACGGAGGAAUGAUUUCUCAGACCAAUCUCCCAAAGGCCUACAGUGUGAAGACGAUCAUGCUCCAUGAAAACUACAACGUCAAAACUAACGACAGAGACAUCGCUCUAAUCAAACUUGAGGAACCAGUUUCUUCUCAAGGACCAUUCCAACCAGCUUGUUUACCAUUCCGCGGCCUUUUGUUUAAGCCCGGGACCACUUGUUGGACCACUGGAUUUGGCACCACAGACGCAGAUAAAGCUCGAGUCUCCAAUGAGCUGAUCGAGGUGUCUGUCAACAUUAUUGGAUCGAACGUGUGCAGCAAAAGAGAGGUGUAUGGAAACGCAGUGAGCCAGAACAUGCUGUGUGCUGGGCACCUUGAGGGAGGCAAGGACUCCUGUCAGGGUGACAGUGGAGGCCCACUGGUUUGCCAAAAGAACGGCCGGUGGUACUUGGCUGGAAUCACCAGCUGGGGAUCCGGCUGCGGCGAGAAGAACAAGCCUGGUGUCUACACCAACGUGAAAAGUGUUCUCCCGUGGGUCUACAGCAAAAUGCAGCAACUCAAGCCAUGAUGUCACCUCAUCCCUGGAAGAGAUUAUGAAGAUGCCACUUUACAAAAUGAAGGAUUGUAUUUUAUACAGGUACUAAAACUAUUGGUCUGAAUCAUAAUGAAGUACACGCUCAGGCACUGACUCCAGUCUUGCGUUACCGUGCUGCCUCUCAUGACGUACUGAUGUUUACCGACAUGCAAAGGAAGCUUUAAAGACGGCUGGACCUUCUCUCAUGUGUUCGCCUCAGAAAGAAUGGGCUUCAUUUGUUGUCAUGAUUUACGCUUGUAUGGAGGUGUGAUGUUUCUCAGGCCUUUAAUUGUUUGAUCUCAACGGGCACUUUACAGUUUGUGUGUGUGUGUGUGUGUGUGCAGUAAUGAGCUGGCACUCUGCGCCUCAUUGGUGAUUUAUCGCAUAUUUAUGUGCAGACACUUAGCAUCAUAGUUCUACUGAGGUUGGUUCUGUGGGAGAGCGACGUUCAUACUCAAUAAAUGACGU